AUGCUCAUCAAAGUCCGCACCCUGACCGGCAAGGAGAUCGACCUGGACAUCGAGCCCGACUACAAAAUCUCGAAGAUAAAAGAGCGCGUUGAGGAGAAAGAAGGCAUCCCACCCGUGCAACAACGACUCAUCUACGGCGGCAAGCAGAUGUCUGAUGACAAGACGGCCGAAGAAUACAACCUCGAGGGCGGCGCGACACUGCAUCUGGUGCUCGCACUGAGGGGUGGUUCAUGA